AUGGCGUCGACCACCUCCCCUCGACCUUCCCCACGCGGCUUGGACGCCGAAGGAGGUGGCGGAUAUGGUGAGAGUCAGCCACAGCGCAUGAAGCUGCGCUUGCGCGUGCCGUCUGGUGUUGAGGAUGCUCCAGAGGCUGCUGCAGACGACCUUCCUGAAGCCAUGUGCAGGGGCAGCUGUGGUCUCUUCGACGGUGUGCUCUUUGGCUUCCACCUCGAUGCCGACGAAGCACUGCAACAGGCUGAGGCCCACUUUGAAAAGUCCAGAGCCUCUGGUGAUCAGAAAGCACAGUCUGCAGCGCUUUUGGCCUAUGCCGAUGCGGCCGCGGCACAGGAAGAAGCCAACAGCGUGUCGCUGAACCCGGACGACUCUGCAGUCCGUCUGGCGAGGGAGGCAUUCAAUCAACUGCAGGACAGUGGAGAUUGGGAAGGUCAAGCUGCGGCGCUGCAUGUCCUGGCCAAGGCCCACCUGGCUCGAAGCAGCUUUGCCGAAGCCUUCCAAGCAGCGGAGGAGUCGCUUCAUCGCUUUCGGUCGCUUGGCCACGCUGCUGGCCAAGCCGCCACACUUAACGUUCUUGCCCAGUCACUGCUCAGAGAGGAUCCUGAGGCCGCCCUGCGGCAUGCCAUCGAGGGUCGGGAUGCCUUCCGACGCCUUGGGGACUCCAGGCGAGCUUCAAUGCUUGAGCGCACGGCCAUUGGCGCUCGACUAGCGCGUGGUGACACUGCCCGUGCGCUGGACGACGCGGAGGCAUACGUAGCCAGCUGUCGAGAUGACCCUGGUGACGGUCGAGACGAGGCGGUGGCGCUAGCUCUUCUGGCCGAGGUGCGAAGCGCCAGGCGGGAAUUCCACCUAGUGGUGCCCAUUGCUGAAGGGGCGGCAGAGAUCUUUGGCUCCUGUGGCGACACAAGGAACGAGGCAGCUGCCUUGCAUUCAGCUGCUUCUGCUGCUUUGGAAGCAGGCCGCUCAGUGGAUGCUCGACGCCUGGCGGCGCAAGCUCAGGCCUUGCUGCAUACGCUAUCAGAGCGAGCCCGCGAGGUUUCGGUUCGCGGCCUCGUUGUUCAAGCAGAGAUCUGCUUGGGCAACGCUGACAAGGCUCUCGAAAUCGCAUCAGAGGGUCUGGAGGCAAUGCAGCAGCAGGGCGACCAUUUGUCCCUGGCAGAGGCUUACCGCCACACCGCCGCUGCACAGCUUGCUGGAAACAUGCAUGAUGAGGCUCGGAAGUCGGCCAUGGCCGCGCGGAACUCCUCUGAGAGGCUUCUCGGUUCGAGGAAGUGGGAGUGCAAGGCUGAAGCCCUGGAGUUGCUGGCUGAGAUAUGCCGUCAGAGCAAAGACUUCGAGGCCAUGACGCAAUCAGCUGAGGAGCUGGCGGAGACCUGCCAUGAGGCUGCCUGGCCGCGCCGCGAGGCUCUGGCGUUGCGUACCGUGACCCGUGGCCAGCUGGCCUUGCGCAAGCCUCGUAGAGCGCUGGAGGCCGCAGGGCGGGCAAUGACAUUGUUCCGGGAGACUGGGAACGACAUUGCCGCAGAUGAGAUGAAACUGCUAUUUGCCAGGGCUACGGAGUUGCGGAACAGCAUGCGGGAUGCAGCUCGCAACGCAAGACAGGCCUGGCUUCUCUUUCGCGAAAGAGGUGACCCUAGCCUACUCUUCGAGGCUGCAAAGAACUGCCACGAUGCGCAUCAUAUGUUUGAUGACGAGAACGUGCUCAUCCUGGAGAAGGUGAAGUGA